CCGUGAUGGCGGUGGAUUUGACUCCUUUGUUCAGAAGACUAAACAAUGAAACAGCUUUCAGAGAAAAUAAACAAAUGUCAGGUUACUCUGGUCCGUUCGGGGCCAUUCAGCUGUGGCAGGACAUCAUCGAGGCUCUGCAGACGCAGAUGGAGCUCAAACUCCGCAGACAGCACCUGUGUGUCCUUCACGACUGCUUCACCGGCUCUGAUGCUGUGGACAUGGUUCUGAGCCACCUCAUGCAGAACAUUUACUUUUUUUUUUUUUUUUUUUGCAAGGCAUAGAUCAGUAGGCCAGAAUUUUUGAGACUCUGCCAAGCCUUGAUGGAGUCCAGAGUGUUCGAACCCAUCUGUAUGAAGCUCUUCAGACAGGAGAAAGAGAUGAGCUAUGAGGAUUCCAGCUGCAGCCUCUAUCGCUUCCUGGACGGAAGUGAACUCCUGGGAUCAGCCAAGAAGAGAUACAUUGGCGUCGAGAACCAGACUCCCGAGAAACGCACUGAAAAGAACACCACUUUAAGGUUUGGAGAAAUGCAGACCAUCUCCAACCCAUUGAUUCUUAGAUCAUCACACAGAAGAGUGGAGAGACUACUGAAGAAUAUAAAUCUUCACCCUUCUGUGCCCUCUGAUCUAAAUCGUUCUGCAUUUUCCAACAGUUUCCUGACCAAAAAAGUUGUUCAGGACAUUUGGAGGCAGCAGGCAUUACUCCAGGUGUUGCAGGUGGUGGAAAUCCCCAUGCUGGACUGUAUUCUGUCCUCACCUGCCAAACCUGAGCCCCUGUGCUCAUCACUGUGUAACCAAGGUGGCCUGGUCAUCUCCAACACCUACGUCGAUCGAGAAGUGUCUGAGAGUCUCAGCCUGCCUCAGAAUAGCAGCAAGUACUAG